AUGCUUGACCUCGUCCGCGAUCUCGAGCAGGUCAAAAUUUUUGACGCUGAUCUGAAGAAGGUACACCAGUAUGAGCGAAUACAAUUUUACGAGAAUCUUGACCGGAUCGACCGUGAGCGUGAAGCAGUCCACACGGCUGCUCUUGACCAGGCUGCCGCCUUCCACGACCGCGUCCGCGAGGAAGCGGAGACAACCUUAAAAGAUCAUCUCCUCGCCGAAGAGGAAGAGCGCCUGCGGAAGGAAGAAGCGAUCCGCAAGGAACAAGAACGACUUGAACGCGAAAAGACUGAAAAAGCACGCCGCGAACGAGAAGCAGCCGCACGCGUUGAGGCUGAACGCCAAGCCAAAGAGCAGGCCGAGAAGAAAGCCCAGGAGGAGGCGGCUAAGAAAGCUGCUGCCCUUGAAACCGCACGCAAAGCCGCGAUUGAGGAGAAGCUCCGCAAAGAACGCGAGCAGGCCGACGCCCAGAAACGUAAACAGGAUGAAGAGGCUCGAAAGUUGCAGGAAGAGGCCGACCAAAAGGCCCGCAGCCAACAGCAGCAGAAACUUGGUGCUGGGAAUCUUUCGGCAGGGGAAAUCCAAGAGCAGCAACGUUACGUUGAACUACACAAGACUCUCAAAGGAAUGCGCAAAUGGCUCAAGGACAUUGGCCAAGCCCAGCCUGACCUCAAGGCGACCAUGGGCAACUUACGGCGCUCCAUCAAAAAAUCCGUUGGCCAGCUUCGAGCUGGAACCGGUGCGAAUAAGCAACAGAUCACUCAACUUAAAUCCGAACUUGAGAAAGCUCUUGCCUACCCGGAGCCAACAGUGGAUAUUCGGAAUUUCAUCGCUUUCCCACCUGAAGAGAUUGCAAAGUCAGAGAAUAGGGUACCGGCAAUGCUCAUUUAUGGAUUAAACAUUCUUGCAAAGAGCUUGAUUUCCUCUCUCUUGGCUGAAGCCUCCAUCAAACAAUCCCACGCCGAACCGAUCGGCAUCAUUGCUGCUCAAAUCUUCUCCUUCGAUAUGUUCACAUACAAAGGAGUACACAUGUCCGAUAUUAUGUGGGCCAAAUACCGUGUUGUCUGUCCCGCUCUGUGGGGAUUCACAGGCAAUGACAAGACCGAGGGCGGACGUCGUGUUCUAGGUUGGUGGCGUUCUGCAGACACUGGUUCUUGGAUUACUGAACAGGUUCACAUGGAUCGCAUGACCGCCCUUGGUGCGGGAUAUGCUGCUAUGACCCUUCGCAACUUCGCGAAGUCACCCCGUCGUAACCCAUUCCCGAACACCAUGUUCUGGGCAUCUAUUCACAAGAUUCUGGCCAUUUCACCGUCAGAGUUGCAGGAGACGCAAAUUGCUCUCCUGGCAGCCCUCCUCCGAUCAUCUGGCGAUCGUAUUAUUGGAUUCUUUGGGCAGUACGGGCUCGCCAUGAUGCACUACGUCAUCGUCGACCUUCCCCGCAAGCUCGGGCGGGAGACCAUGGCUGUGACCCAACUGAGCACCCUCAAGGAGCUCUACCUCAAGGAGAAGAAUUUUGCGCUGUGA